AUGAGUCCUACGGAAUUACGUCAAUCUCGAACAAUGUAUGAUAAUGAUACGAAUGAUUCAAAAUCAAUGCAAACAACAUUAUCUCAAUAUCAAACACCAACUUAUCUUGCUAAACCUGAAGAAGAUGAUGUUGAUGAUGAUGAUAAUGAUCUUGUUCAACAACGACAAUCAAGAAAUGUUUCUUCUACUGCAAGAGUAACCUUGUUCGAAUGUAAUACUGCUUCUGCUCAUAAUAUGCUUUCGAAAUUUGCUAUUGCAGAAUCUGGUAUGACUUAA